AGGCCCGGCAGCGGCUGCUCCAGCACCGACACGGCCAGCGAGCACUCGGCCGACGAGGGGCGCGACCCGGGGACCCCCGGCGCCCCCGGGCCCCCCGGGCCGGCCGAGGCCGCGUUCCGGCGCCUGCGGUGCCAGCGGGUCCUGGCGCGGCGUGACGGCGUCUUCCGGCCGGCCGUGGUGAAGCAGCUGCGGCGCGGCCUCGACCUGGGCGUGCAGUUCGCCGGCGACCGCGGCAUCACCUUCCUGGAGGGGGGCCUGCUGGGCGACCCCCCGGCCGUGGUGCUGGACGCACCCCCGGCGGGCGCGCUGGGCGUGGGCACGGCCGUGUGCGCCCGCCUGGACCCGCAGGAGACGCUGUACCGGCCGGGCACGGUGGUGGAGGUGAGCGCCAAGCCCCCCUCGUACCGCGUGCGCUCGCGCCCGCCCCGCGCCCCCGUCUGGGUGCCCCGCUCGGGCUGCGCCUGCUGCGGCCCCUGGCCCCCACGGCGGGGCGCGCCGCCGCCCCGGCGCGCCCGCGAGCCCCCGGCGACGACGAGGACGAGGACACGCCGGGCCCGGCCGGGCGGCCCGCCGGGACCCCAGCCCAAGUACAAGAAGGGGGACGUGGUGUGCACCCCCAACGGCAUCCGCAAGAAGUUCAACGGGAAGCAGUGGCGCCGGCUCUGCUCGCGCGACGGCUGCACCAAGGAGUCCCAGCGCCGCGGCUUCUGCUCCCGCCACCUCUCCAUGCGCACCAAGGAGCUCGAGGGGCUGCCCGAGGGCAGGGGGGGCCCCCCGGGCCCGGCGCCCCCGGGGGGGCCGCGCGGGGGCAGCGCCGACUUCGAGUGGGACGAGACGUCGCGGGAGAGCGACGGCGACGGGAGGGGCCCCCCGCCCCGCCUGGGGGGUCCGCACGGGCCCCCCAACCCCAACCCGGACCUGUCGCGCUUCGAGUUCGACGAGUGCGAGGCCGCCGUGAUGCUGGUGUCGCUGGGCAGCUCCCGCUCGGGCACGCCCAGCUUCUCGCCCGCCUCCACCCAGUCGCCCUUCUCGCCCGCGCCGUCGCCGUCCCCCUCGCCCCUCUUCGGCUUCCGCCCCGCCAACUUCAGCCCCGUCACGGCCUCGCCCCGCGCCCGCGGCCGCCACCUCAGCGCCGGCACCCCCCGGCCCGGCGAGGGGCUCAGCCCCCCGCCCCCCGCCGCCCCGCCGCCUCGCCGCGCCCCGCCCCUCGGGCGCAAGGCGGAGCCGCCCCCGCCGGAGCCGCCCGAGCCCCCCGGGGGCGGGGGGGGCGCGUUCGGCGCUGUCCCCGCUCUCGCCCGCUCCCGCGGGCUCACGGCCGACCCCGGCCCGGGGGCGCGGCGCGUGCCGGCGGUGCCGAGGGGCUCCCCGGUCAUCGUGCGCAACCCCGAGGUGCCCCUGCCCGAGCCCCCCCCGCGGCCCCGCCCGCUGCCCCCAGAAAGCCGCCCUGGCCGCCCCGUGCCCAUCAACGCCGGCCGGCUGCGCCGCCCCGCCCGCCUCCGCGCCCCCGCCGCGCCCCGCGCCCCGACAGGGCCCCCACCACCCGGACCCGCCCUUCGAGGGCCCCUGCACCUCGUGGCCUUUCACUCCCCCGCCGCCCUCCUGCCCCUCCUCGUGCCCGGAGACUACGGGACCCCCCCGGCCCCCCGCAAGGAGAUCGUCAUGGGCCGCCCCGGCACAGUGUGGACCAACGUGGAGCCGCGCUGUGUGGACCAACGUGAGCCGCCCGGUGCCCGUGUUCCCUGGCACUCCCUGGUGCCCUUCCUGGCCCCGAGCCAGCCCGACCCCCGCAGCCCCCCGCCGGCCUGCAGCCCGUCAGCCACCCCUCGGCCAAUCCAGAGCAAAGAGCCCCCCGAGUCGGCCGCGGUGGCCCCUGAGCCGGGGGGGGCGGGGCAGGAGCCCGGACGCUGCGGGGGGGCCACGCGGCCCCCCAGCCCCCCUGCGGCCCCCGGCCCCGCCCCCGCGGCCACGGCCCCGCCCACCGAGGAGGAGCCUCCCGGGGGGGGGAACCGCCCUGACAGCGAGACCGAGAGCGACCACGAUGACGCGUUCCUGUCAUCGUUGGUGGCCCCGGAGCUGCCGCUGCCGUUGGUGCCCGGCAAGCGCCGGACGCAGUCGCUGAGCGCCCUGCCCAAGGACGGGGACAAGGAGGGCAGGAGCCCCAGCAAGCGGGAGAAGGACCACAUCCGGCGGCCCAUGAACGCCUUCAUGAUCUUCAGCAAGAGGCACCGGGCGCUGGUGCACCAGAGACACCCCAACCAGGACAACCGCACCGUCAGCAAGAUCCUGGGCGAGUGGUGGUACGCGCUGGGGCCCCGGGAGAAGCAGCAGUACCACGACCUGGCCUUCCAGGUGAAGGAGGCUCACUUCAAGGCCCACCCGGACUGGAAAUGGUGCAACAAGGACCGCAAAAAGUCCAGCUCUGAUGGGGAGGGGCCCAGGGGGCCGGGGGCCCCAAAGAGCCCGGAGAGCGCAGCGCGUCCGAGAGCGGCCCCCCCGUCACCACCACAGGUGUGGCGCCGCCGAGCCCCCGACUCCAAGGGGUCCCGGGAGUCCCGGGGAGCAGCCCCGCCCAUGGCGGAGAGGGCAGCCCAGCCCCCGCCCCGCCCCGCCUUCUCCCACAGCGGAGUGGGGCGGAGACUCAGGGACCCCCUGCACGAGCUCAGCCAGCUGUGCGCAGGGCCCGCCCCGUUCGGGGGUCCCAAAGGGGGUCCCUCACGGCCCCCCGCUCGGGGGUCAGGGGCGGAGUGGGGUCCCCCAGGCCGGGCAGGGGCCGCCCGCCCCUCUCCCCGCGCCCCCCGCGGGCCCGCAGAGCGAGGAGGGGCGAGCGACGGGGAGCGCAUGGUCAUCUGCGAGGAGGAGGGUGAUGAUGACGUCAUCAAUGACAGGUUCCCCCCGCCCCUCCCCGACAUCGACCUCAAGUGCAAGGAGCGAGUGAGCGACUCCGACUCCGACGCCUCCGACCAGGGGACAAGAUCAUCCAGCUCAGCCCGGUGCCGCUCGUGCCCCGGCAGCCCCAGGGGUCCGAGGGCUCCGCCCCUCCCCAAGGUGCUGCUGCCCUCGGCCCGGAUCACCUACGUCCACCCGCCCCUCCCCGCCGCCGCCGCCCCCGCGCCCCCCGCCUACGUCAGCCCCUCCCCGCUCGAAACCCCCGUGCUGGAAACCCCCGUGCUCGAAACCCCGUGCUCGGCUUCACCGCCCUCGGCCCGGGGGCCCUCGUGCAGCCCCUGCUGCCCGGUGAGUGGGGAUGGGGGAUUUGAGAGAGGCCAGGGGUCCCUGCUGGCCCCCGCCCCCGUGGGGUGUCUGCGCUGCCCCCAAGCGCCCCCAGCUCGGAGGUCCCGUCCUGGCCGCCAUUUGCCCGGGGGCCCCGGCCCGCCCCCGCCCGGAUUGGUCUACAGCGUGGCUGGCUCCGCCCCCCCGGCCACGCCCAUCCUGCCCAAGGGGGGCCCCGCCCCCACCCCGGGGGGCUCAGCGCCGCCCCUCCCCACCCCCACCGGCGACUGGGACGCCGCCCCCGCCGCCCCUCCCCCGCCGACCCCCUCCCCCACGGACACGAGGCCUGGAGCCAACGGGACGCCGGCGCUGGGCCCCGCCCCGAGGCCCCUCCCCGCUGGCCCCUCCUCCUCCUCGGCUCCGUCGCCCCACGCCCCUCCGAGAGGCCCCCGCCGCCUCCCCACCCGCCUCCUCCCACGCCAGGGCGAGCCAGAAGGCGAGUUCGACCCCCCUCUGAAAAAAACCUUCGACUCCGUCGACAAGGUGCUGUCGGAGGUGGAUUUCGAGGAGCGCUUCGCGGAGCUGCCCGAGUUCCGGCCCGAGGAGGUUCUCCCCUCCCCCACCCUGCAGGCCUUGGCCACCUCCCCCCGGACCAUCCUGGGCAGCUACCGCAAGAAACGCAAGAACUCCACAGAGCUGGAGCCGGGGGGGGAGGACCCCUCGUCCCCCAAGCGGAAGCUUCGACGCCGCUCGAGCUGCGGCUCCGACCCCACCACCCCCAAGAGCGCCAAGUGCGAGGGGGACAUCUUCACCUUCGACAGGACGGGGGGGGAGGGCGAGGACGUGCUGGGGGAGCUCGAGUACGACAAAGUCCCCUUCUCGUCCCUGAGACGGACCCUGGACCAGCGCAGGGCCCUCGUCAUGCAGCUCUUCCAGGAGCACGGCUUCUUCCCCUCGGCCCAGGCCACGGCCGCGUUCCAGUCGCGUUUCUCGGACAUUUUCCCCACCAAGCUGUGUCUGCAGCUCAAGAUCCGCGAGGUUCGCCAGAAGAUCAUGCAGGCGGCCACGCCCACCGACCCCGCCCCGCCCACCGACCCCGCAGACCCCGCCCCCUCCUCCGCCGACGGUGCCGCCCCCUCCUCUGCCGGCCCCGCCCCCUCCUCCUCCUCUGCUGCGGCCCCGCCCCCUGCUGACCCCGCCCCCUCCUCCUCUGAGGCCACGCCCCCAGAGCCUCCCGGGGGCGGGGCCAGCGUGCGCUGAGCCCAUUCCAGGCCACGCCCCUUCUCUUUGGGGGGUGUUUGUGGGAGGG